UCAACUUACAAUAAUAAUGUGCUUUUGAGAAAAGUGGACUUUGCUUGAUCACCUACAGAUGGCGAGUAAAAAAAUAUAACUCGCUCUAUUUCACAUGUUUCGAUUAGUGUAUGACGAAAAAAGUCUCGUACGGCAGAUAUAUUUCAUAAUAUUACGGGGAUGUUCAUCCCGGCAUAACUAAUUGUUCAAAGGUGACAAAGUAGCAUACACACUCGCCGAUCAAGAAUCUCAUUUAAAUAGUAACCAGUAAAAAUAUCUGUAACAAAUUAUAGAUUGGUUUUUUUUUAAACAAUCUGAAGUUCCAUAAGUUAUUGUCAGAUUUGGAUUUUUUUAACGUUUCAAAAGUGCAAACGGUAAAGUGUUCUUGGUGUUUUGUUUUAACCUGUUUUUUACGAUACUGUGUAUUACCGUAAUUGAUGGUAUUUAAUUAUUUAAAACGAAAGAAUACCGACUUAUACACUAUGGAUUGCACUCCAAAUAAAGUGGCUUUAGUUGAGAGAAACAUGGCUCCUCUAAAUGUACAACUAGUUGAUGCAAAAGCUAUAGCUAAAAAAGCUCCCAAUGAUCUGGUUGAAUUAGCUAUGGAAAUACAAAAGGCUGAUAACUCAGUUAAAGUAAGUGCCUGCAGCAAAUUGCAAGUUAUUGCGGAACAAAUGAGGUUUUUACAACAACAAGCUCAUCGUAUUUUGUUGGAAGCAAAAGAAAAUUCAUCAAGACACCAUGCUGCAUGUAACUUUGUAAAACAUCCAGGAAAUAUAUAUCAUCUAUAUGAAAAAGAGUCAGGUCAAUCAUAUUUUUCCAUGUUAAGUCCACAGGAAUGGGGUGAAUCUGGACCUAAACAGACUUAUAAGGGUUCAUUUAGAUUAGAACAUGACUAUUCUUGGACUCCAGUAUCAGAAGUUGAAACCAAAGAUAAAGAACUAGCAUUAAUAAAUAGACUCUAUGAAAAUAAUGAACUUUCUUCAAAUGUUUCCUUAACAGAAUAUAUGAGUAUAAGUGACAGUUGAUCAUAUUUUUAGUUAAUUUCUUGUUAUAAUGUAUUGCAAGAACUUUUGACUUGAAAGAGUCUGAAACACCAUUUUUAUACAUAUUGUAGUUAUUUCAAUAUUGAAUUAAAUACUUUUGUUGAAUUAUUUUUUAUGGAAAUUACGUUUUAUUAUUUAAUGGAAAAAAAUAAAAUAACAUUUUGAUGGUUAGUAUUAUGAUGUUCAACAAUUAUAAAAAAGUUUAUUCGCCCUCGUUUAUCUAAUAACAUAAUAAGCUACAUUUUGUAUUAUAACACAUAACAGCUUGCUUUUGUAGCAAAACUUGAUGAUCAAUUGUACAAUUUAUUACAUAACUUCCACUUCUAUUUCAACUUCAAUUAUGUUUCAGUAAACAUUUUUUCCUGCAAUAAGAUCAGUGCAUAGAAAAGCGAUUUAAUUUGAUCAAUAAAAAAUAGUUUUUCCACCA